AUGAAGAACGAGGAUGACAACUCCUCGUCACUUGAUAGUUCAGACGAAGAUGUUCCAAGAGGAGACGAUGCUGAACGCGUUUGGUCUAGUGAUAUCGAGCAAUCUUUUCAAGAAGCGCUAGCCAUUUAUCCACCGUGUGGCCGCCGCAAAAUUAUCCUUUCUGACGAGGGUAAAAUGUACGGUCGGAAUGAAUUGAUUGCUCGUUAUAUCAAGUUGAGAACAGGCAAACAUAGGUCCAGAAAACAGGUGUCUAGUCACAUACAGGUCUUAGCAAGAAAAAAGGCUAGAGAAAUAAAAAAUAAUUUAAAAACGACGGAUAAUCCAUCAAAUCGAGAAAUUGCUUUGCAAGCUAUUGCGACUAUGUCGUCAGCACAGAUUGUGUCGGCAUCAGCUUUGUUUAGUAAUUUAGUGUCAACUAAGCCAACGUUAUCAACGUCAGGCGCAAAGGCUACAGCACAGCCAGUUAAUGCAUCUGGCCAACAGCCCAUGGAAAUUGCUGCACCAUCUUCUGAACUUUAUCCUAAUCAACCAUUAACAACGGUGGAGAAUCCAACAAGUCUGGAGCAAUCACCGGCCAUGUACGUAACAGUGUUAGCUAUCAAUAUAAAGCUGCAAGAAUUUUCUGCCUUUCUUACAUCGAAAAUCGAAUCGGAACCUCGCAAACAUCAUUUUGUACGUAUUGGUCAAUCAAACGACUUAAAAAAUAUAGAGUCAAUAGACAUCCAACAAAUUCUCGAUAAAUUUCCUGAUGGUCAAAACGGAUUAAAAGAUCUAUAUUCUAAAGGACCUCCAGAUGCGUUCUACCUGGUUAAAUUUUGGGGCGAUAUGAAUAUAACGAUUCCAGAAGAAGGGGCAUUUUAUGGUGUUUCCUCUUGUUAUGAAAGUGAAAAGCAGAUGAAGAUUCUAAUAUCAUCGAAAGUUUGCUCAUUUGGUAAACAAGUAGUUGAAAAAGUUGAGGGUGAACAUGGAUCAUAUGAAAAUGGAAAAUAUGUAUAUCAGGCUACAGAUUCCCCUUGGUGCGAUUAUUUGAUAACGUUCAUAGGAAAAUUACGUAGCCUUCCUGAAAAGUAUAUGAUGAAUAGUGUCCUUGAAAAUUUUACUGUAUUACAGGUUGUAAUUAACCAAGAAACGAAAGAGACUUUAUUAUGCAUCGCGUACAUUUUUGAAGUAUCAAGCGGUGAUCAUGGUACUCAACAUCGUGUUUACCGGCUUGUCAUGGGAUAA